AUGCCAGGCCAGUGCGGGCCAGUCGACCUCGAAUGCUCCUCGAAUCGUGCUCUCGCGAGAGACGAGACUUCGCGCCGUGCGGGAGAUCCCUGUCGGCAGGAGCUCCCAGAGCGGACUGACGUUCACCUGUGCGCCCACCCCGGCGCACGCGCGGCGCAAAACGUUUUUCGCGCUAUUUUGACUAACGUCCAGCGGAUUAGGCUUCGCGCU